AUGGACGCGAUCGCCGCGCCAUCGCCAUACCGGCUCGCCCGACUUGCCACCGAUGCCUACGAGCUGCCCCUCAAGGUCUUUGCUCAAGGCGGUGGACAGACCUCGCCAUCACUCUCCCACCUCUGCCUUCUAGUGUUUGAGGCCGUCCUAGAAGUCGUCUGCGUCAGCUUGCCCGGCUAUAUUAUCGCACGACUUGGCCAGUUCGACGCCGAUAAGCAGAAGUUUCUCGCCAAUCUCAACGUCUCGCUCUUUACACCAUGUCUGAUCUUCACGAAGCUCGCCUCCCAGCUCAGCGCUGAGAAGCUGAGCGACCUCGCCAUUAUACCCGCCAUCUUCGUCGUUCAGACCCUCGUCUCUUGGACCGUCGCCAUCGUUGUUGCUAAACUGUUCCGAUUUAACCGCCGCGCCUCCAACUUUGUUAUUGCCAUGGGCGUCUUCGGAAACUCCAACUCGUUGCCAAUCUCCCUUGUGCUGUCUUUGUCGCAGACCAUCGCAGGCCUCCACUGGGAUAGAAUUCCCGGCGACAACGACGACGAGGUCGGCGCCCGCGGCAUCCUAUACCUUCUCAUCUUCCAGCAGCUCGGUCAGCUUGUGCGAUGGAGUUGGGGAUACCACGUACUGUUGGCCCCCAAGGAGCGAUACCUCGAGUACAAUGACGAGCGCGCUGAAGAGGGCCAAUACCGUGACGAUCCUGCUGAAACGCCUCUCCUCAUUGAGGGCCUCGACGGCGAUACUGAAGAUGAGGCGGAAGGCAGCGCCAACGGAAGCGAUCACUACAACCCACCGGGCCUCACCCCUGUGGGCGGCGCUUCCCGCGCAUCCGAGUAUGCCUCGUCUGACGACGAAGGCGCACCGAAGAAGAGAUCCAACGGCCACCAGCAGACACAAUUUCCUGCGCUUCCCCACGACGAACAAGAAGACGAGGCACCCACCACUACCUGGGGCAAGGCAAAGUUGUGCAUGCACCAGACACUUGCACGCACUGGGAAUAGCAUCAAGGCGGCUCGCGCCCGCAUCUACCGCUCGCUUCCCCGCCCUGCUCAGGUAGCUCUCCGCGGCAUCUCCCGCGCCGCCGUCAAGGUCCAUAAUUUCCUCUGGGACUUUAUGAACCCGCCGCUGUGGGCCAUGCUCAUCGCCGUGCUGGUCGCGUCCAUCCCGGCGCUGCAGCAGGUCUUCUUCGAGGAGGGGUCCUUUGUCAAGAACAGCGUCACCAGCGCGAUCAAGUCGAGCGGCGGCGUCGCCGUGCCCCUCAUCCUCGUCGUCCUCGGCGCCAACCUGGCGCGCAACACCAUGGCCAACCCGGACAGCGCCGACGUCGAGGAGGAGGAGAUUGGCACCAAGCUCCUCGUCGCGUCCCUGCUGAGCCGCAUGCUCCUGCCCACCAUCAUCAUGACGCCCAUCCUGGCCCUGCUGGCCAGGUACGUCAACGUGAGCAUCCUCGACGACCCCAUUUUUGUCAUUGUCUGCUUCCUCCUUGUCGGCGCGCCCAGCGCCCUUCAGCUGGCUCAGAUUUGCCAGAUCAACAACGUAUAUGAAAAGACCAUGGGUCGCCUGCUCUUCCAGAGCUACGUCAUCUGGAUUCUCCCAUCCACUCUCAUGCUCGUCAUGUUGGCACUCGAGGUCAUUGAGUGGGCCCGUCUUUAA